AUGGAGGGUGUGGUGUGCAUUAAGGGCGAUAUAACUUCAGACUCGUGCUUACGGAGUAUAGUAGAGGCUCUAGAAGGAGUACUGGCAGACCUUGUAAUGUGUGACGGAGCUCCGGACAUAACCGGAAUCCAUGAGAUAGAUGAGUAUCUCCAAAUAGAGUUGCUGAUGUCUGCACUUAGCGCUUCCUUGAGGAUUUCAAAGCCAGGCUCUUCAUUUGUGGGCAAGUGUCUCCAAGGAAAGUACACAGAAUGGAUGAUUAACCACUUCAGGAGAUUCUAUAAUGGAGUGGUUCUACUGAAACCAAGAGCAAGCAGGACAGAGUCGAUGGAGUGUUUUCUAUAUUGUGUGGGGAUGAAAUCUACAGGUGAUUCCUCCGAAACUGAUGGAGCUGCAUACAACGCAUCAAUGAAGCUCUGUGGAUAUGGAAAAAGCUUCGGGCUUGAGUACACAGUAGACUGA